GACAAUUUCGUCAAAAUUUUCGCCUAUACCAAAUUCUUCUUCUUCAACGACUUUUGAUACUUAGCAACUUCGAGGAAGCGUCGCGUCACACAGCCACACAACCAACACGCCAAGCAUGGCCCUAAUCAAAGGGAACGGCGGCCUGCUUCGAGACGACAAUUACACGGUACCGGCGUAUUUGGCUCCGGAGCCAUCACCAACCUUGGCUUGGGUACAUCGAGAAUGCUGCAUCGCGCUAAGGCAGCCUUCCACGACAUUUUGUCCAUAUGGACGGGCCCUUUACCAAGAACCGACGCCGUCUCCAAUUUGAACUCCCGUCUGCAUGGCUACGACAGGACCGGUGGAGGCAUGAUGGCUGCACCCACGCAGUAAGAGGGGAACGGAUGAGGGGUCUCGACCACGCUGAUCCCACAUGAUGAGCCAAGCAACACAUUCGCAUGGCUCACGUUGUAAGAGGAGGAAUAUUUCAUCAUUGGCAGAGGGGAAGGGAGAGCGAGAUUCUUCGGGAAAAAAAGAAAACACAGCAAGGUGCAAACCUGCAUCUUACUCAUGGCGUUUGCGAAUUUGAGCAUUGCGGACAGGAAGUUACGGCGCUGAUACGGAAACGAGCAUUUCAACAAAUUUCCUUUUUUGGCUGGCAAGAAACGAGUAGGAGGAAAUACACCAAGAGGCGGGAAGACAACAGAGCAAACCGCCCACACAAAACCAGCAACAACUUUGUGUGGGCACGAGGAUCAACACCACGCGGAGAGAGUGCGGAACCAUGGGUAUUUUGGACGGGAGGGUCCGCAAGGGUGGGAAGCAAAAGAAGAGACGGCGUCGCGGACUAUUCAACUUUAUUCGGGCGACUACGCCGACCACGGCACCGGGCUAGCGGCGGCUCUCCCCGGUCGAGCAAGACGAGACGAGACGGUGUACCCUCCAUCACGUCACCUCUCGCUCAGUCUUUCCUCUGUCUGUUCAUGGUCGGUCAGGUCGUGCAUUAGCCGACGUGGCCCGCGUCUGUCUCGGCUCCCGACUUUUAUCACCACUCACUCACACGCGUUGCGAUAAAAGCACUCAACGGUCUUCAACCGCAGACACUUGG